CGGUUAGGUACACACCGGCGUCCUUAAGCGGAUAGAUACAGCAGAAAUGCACACGGCGCUUCGAGCGUCUUAAUGCAACAUACGGAAUGGGGCUGUAAACUCAAUGCAUUCUACAGAUCCAGCCAUAUUCUGAACACACGGUUUACAAGCCACUGCGAGGACGGAAGACGAACGGCAAUUUAAAUACAAUUGAGAGAUCAUGAACUGAAACAGGCGCAUUUAGAAUUCAAUAAGAGAAUCGCGUGCAGACAAGCGGAACAGUCAUGUGGGACCUCGUGAAGGGAGUAGCUACCGCGUUCAAGGCUCGGAGAGUGAACACAGAUUCGACGAUAUUUAAGUUGCAUUACCAGGCAACUUUCUGCACUAUCCUGGUAUUCACAGUCAUCUUAGCUGCCAAUCAGUAUGUCGGAAAACCUAUCAGGUGCUUGCAUCAAUUGUCCGGGCAACCGGACGAGGUUCUGGACACGUUCUGCUGGAUCCACUCCACCUACACCGUGACCAGCGCCUUCCUCAAGAAAGUUGGCGUGGAGGUUCCGUUCCCUGGAGUGAGCGGCACGAGAGGAAGUGCAGACGAUAUCAAAGUCUAUCGCUUCUAUCAGUGGGUGUCUUUCUGCCUCGUCUUCCAGGCUAUCCUGUUCUACGCACCGCGGUGGCUGUGGAAGUCGUGGGAAGGCGGGAAGCUGCAAGCACUCAAGAUGGACCUGGACGUCGGGAUAAUGACAGAGGUGGACAGGAAACAAAAGGAGGAAAUGAUGUUAACUUAUCUCCAGAACAACAGGCAGUAUCACAACUUCUGGGCCUUCAAGUACUUCUUCUGCGAGUUUCUCGCUCUUGUCAACGUGAUAGGUCAGAUUUUCCUGAUGGACCAUUUCUUAGACGGGGAGUUCUUCACUUACGGUAUAGACGUCAUCAACUUCAUGCAAAGCGACCAGGAGGACCGCGUCGACCCCAUGAUAUACAUCUUCCCCAGGAUGACCAAGUGCACUUUCUACAAGUACGGGGUAUCCGGCGAGGUAGAGCGUCAUGAUUCGAUCUGCAUUCUUCCACUGAAUAUUGUAAAUGAAAAGAUUUAUAUCGUCCUGUGGUUCUGGUUUAUAAUUUUGGCCAUCCUGACAUUACUUCUGAUAAUAUACAGAUUAUGUAUGGUCACAAGUUACAGACUGAGGGCGUAUCUAUUUAAGAUCAAUUACGGACUCAUCAGAAGAAGUGACAUAGAGAAGAUUACGAGACACUACAGUGUAGGGGACUGGUACCUCCUUUAUAUGAUCGGUGUGAACAUAGAUGCGAGAAUUUUCAAUGAAGUGUUUCAUGAGCUGGCUGAAAAGAUCAUAGACGACAGAGAAGAGAAACGUCACAUCAUCUAAUUAUAAUACUCAUUUGCAGUAUGUUCUCUGAAUUUGACUGUUAGGGAAUAUCUGAAGUAAGGAGACCGAGGUGGCCACAGUGCCUAUUGCCAUUGUGCCUAUGCAGCACACCCGUCUUGGUGUAAGUCACUUCAGAUAUCUGUUUCAGAAUUUGUGCUAAUGUAUCUCCAGUUUCAUUAAUCAGCUUCAGUAGAAGAGGUUGAGGUUUUCUAAAUGUGGUCCCAAUACUUAAAAAUGUUGAUCAAUAAAACUGCAAGGGAGACAGUGCUUGGAAGAGCUAGGGGUAGAUUACAGAUUAAUAUUACAAUAAAUUUUAUAGAUGUAGACUGUGGAGAGGUUUUGUGAUAACAGACAUGAAUCCUCUAGGCAUAUAAACCUGUGAAUUUCAGUUGGAUGGCCACUGGAUCAAGAAAAUCUGAAAUGUUACAUACACAGAGGGCAUAGACACAAGUUAUCAACAAAUUCUGCACAGAACAUUUUGUGUGUGCGUAAUAAAUGUAAAUAUUACAAUUCAAACAUGGUGACGGUACGAAAAUUAUGUUUAUAUUUAAAAUUUAAAGUAGCGAAAACUAUAAUAAUUGAACUGUCUUGCCUGAAUAUAUCACUGAUGUAGUAAGUAUGAAAUAAAAACAGUCAAAGCAGUUAAGAGAAUGUUAAGGAUGCUUUUAUAUGAAGUUAUCGGUAAUGGGGCUGAAAUUUUCAACAUAUAUUCAUGUUCCAUUAUUGACAUAAGAAGUUCACGGACUUCCGCAUUAUGCAGUGCGUGACAACGUAACAUUAAAAAUACUACAGCCCCUAGAGCAAUGUUGCGCUUUGCUGUUGCAAACUGCGGUCGGCGCAAGCGCAGACCACUCAGCUAUUGUUAACAUUCCCCUUACCAGUGAAGAGCUUACAACUGAGCUUUUUUCUGCAAGUAAAGUAAAUAUUAGAGUUAAAGUUGCGAUGAGUCAUUUUUUUACUCACCAGUUUAAGACAAUUUAAAAAAAAGAUUCGUCACAAAUUUUUAAAUUUAUCGUAUUUUAUUUA